UUGCUGUACAAUUCAGACUGAGCUCUAUGAACAAAGAGUAAGAUUCAGUAGGUCUUGGCAUUAAGUGUGAGUGCUUGAGACCGAGAGAGACGUCGCGUUGCUUUGAAAAACGAAAAACUUGACAUUUUCAUAGGAGGGAAAACAAAUUAAUUUGCCGCUCAGAAUCAGUUCAUACACGAUGACGAAAUUUUUGAAUAUCAUCUUGGGGUUGCUGCUUUUUUGGGUCAUUGGUCUAAGGGCUAUGCCCCACAACUGGGCCAUUCCUAGCAUCUGUUUGCAUCCUCCUCCCCGUUCCGAGGGUGUUUGCAUGUUGGAAAUUGAGGGCUACUACUUUGAUCCCCAAAAGAAUAAUUGCGAAAAGUAUUCCAUAGGUGGCUGUCGCCUGUCUGGCGGCCAAAGUUUUGGAUCUCAGGAGAACUGUGUGGAAACUUGCAUUCGCGGCACACGUCAUCUUCAAGACAUCCGACAUGACUAAUAGGCUUCAUGGGGAAUGUACAAACAUUAUUGUGCAUUUCUCAGUUAGAAUCAGUGCGUCAUGUAUUGCGAGUAUGAAAAAAAAAAAUCAAAAAUAAAAUAAAAUUUGAUUUCCAAUAAUGAAAACAAUUCGUUCUA